AUGGCAGUACAACGCUCAACGCUGCAAUGGCUCUGCAGCCUGCUGGUGCUGGUUGGAGUGGCCAACGCCCUCAAGUUUGAUCUGGUUGCGCACAGCGGCGGCGAGAGCCACAAGAAGGAGAGGUGUAUCCGCAACUUUGUCGGACAGGAGACGCUGGUUGUGGUUACAGCUAAGAUAGACGGCUCCAAAGGCGACGGAAUGGUUGUCAAUAUGCACGUCCGCGAUGCGUUGGGCAACGAGUACGGACGGCCUAGAGAUAUUGUCGGCGAGUCGAGAGUGACGUUUCAGUCUCACACUGACGCUGCUUUUGAUGUCUGCUUUGAGAAUCUGCUUUCAGGAUCCCGUCGACCUAACCCUGCCUCUCGCCACGUCGAGCUCGACAUUGACAUUGGCGCCGAUGCCAAAGACUGGAGCGCCAUCCAGGCCACCGAGAAGCUCAAGCCUGUCGAGGCCGAACUCCGCCGUAUCGAGGAAUUGACCGAGGAGAUUGUCCACGAGAUGGACUACCUCCGCCAGCGAGAGCAGAAGCUUCGCGAUACGAAUGAGAGCACCAACAACCGCGUCAAGUGGUUUGGCGUGACGACCACGUGGAUUUUGAUUGGUCUUUGGGCUUGGCAGAUUAUGUACUUGCGUGCCUAUUUCCGCUCCAAGCAUCUUAUCUAG